AAAGAGGAAAGAAUUACGAUUACAGCAUUAAUUCCAAAGAUAACUUUAGAUGUUAUUAGUCUUGUUGGGUUUAAUUACGAAUUCAAUUCUACAACUUCAGGCUCUGAAUUAUCUGAAGCAUACAAAACAAUUGUUGGCCAAAUUCGUUCGCCUUUAUACGUGGCACUUGUUAGUUGCUUACCAUUUAUAACUGAUUAUAAUAACAAAUAUUUUGACUCUGUCAAAUCAAAUGAAAACUUGCAAGCUGAUGAACAAUUAACACAUAAUGAAUUAAUUGGUCAG